ACAGAUUAAAACAGAGCAUGGCCAUAGGUGUACUUGUUUCCAAAAAUGCACCUGUGCAUGCACUUAUUACCUUUGAGCACACCCCUCUUGAAACAGUGUGAAGGAUGCCGGAUCUGGAAUGGUCCACAAUGUCCUCUACCUACUAAAAAAUAAUCCUAAAGCUUAUGAAUACACUUUUACUAUUACUAAACUAAUGCAUGAGGAUACAGUUGAUAUUCUACACAACUGAAACAUCCAUCACUAAGUAAUGUGUUCUGCACAUUGGGUAAGCUGCCAUAUAUUAGCCUAGAAUGCAAGUGCAGGAUAGUGGGUUCAAUUCCCGGGACUACCCAUAUAUAAAAUGUAUGCACCUAUGACUAAGUUGCUUUCAACAGAAGCGUCUACUAAAUGGCAUCUAUUAUAUGACAUUGCAUGCAUGUUGUUGAUAGGCCCACUAGCAACUGAGUGUUGAGGUUGGCAUUUGAAGGAAUGAUUAAGAGCGAGGGCUUCUCUGCCAUGAAUUUCCCUGUUUAAACUAUCACUGAAACCCUCUUGGGCUAGCCUCACAUUAGUGAUAUGCUAAAUCACAAUUAUGAUCAUCAGUCACCUGGCCCAGUUGAAAGAGAACUACUUCAUUUAACUAGGUAAGUCAGUUAAGAACACAUUUUUAUUUUCAAUGAUGGCCUAGGAACAGUGGGUUAACUACCUUGUUCAGGGGCAGAACAACUUUUUUAUAUAAACCUUGUCAGCUCUGGGAUUCGAUCUUGCAAAUUUCGGUUAGUAGUCCAACGCUCUAACCACUAGGCUACCUGCUGCCUAGGUAUUGUUGACAUAUCUGUCCCAUCUUGCCUGAUUGCGUGACAGUACAUUUAAGUGAAUUUAAGUUUGCAAAGCAGUAAUGUUUGACAUUUUGUGAAGUGCAGAUUCAUUGUGACUGCGAUGAAAUUGCACCAUCUGCAUUCCGUUCCUUUCCACAGUCAUUCAGCACAGACAACAUUCCCUCUUUCAACUCUGUUGUUUUUCGGUCUCCCGUAUAGACUCCAGAGGCCUGUACAAGCAGCUGAGACUGAGCUCUCUCCUCCAUCUGUUUGUCGGUCUGUUUGGCAUGUGGCUGAUCCGCACAAACACAGAUCCCCUUCAGGGCAUGUGAAAACCAGGCAGGACCCUAGAGAAGGAUCUGUGUAUGCAGGGGGGACCCUCGAAAGGAUGUGAAAUAAGGUCUAUGUUUACUCAGCUGGGUUCCCUAACCCCCACCACCCUGAAAUGUUGUCUCAAAUAUAGCCCCUGCUUUACUAAACACUCAACUUCAAACCAUGUCAUCAGUGUAGGCUAUGUGCUCCUAAAUUUCCCAAAGCAUCUCAUAUUAGGCCUAUAUGGCCCAUGUGGAAAUCAAACCCACAAUGCCGGUGUUGCAAGAACCAACCGAAUGGGCCACUGGAAAAAAUCCUGACGAUUUUAGAACUGAAACAUGCUACAGUUAAUUUUUAGGCCUGUUUCAAUAGGUGAUAAGAUUUCCGGACUCAAAUUUUUAUGUGGCAUUGUUUACUUUUUGAUACUGCCUUGGAGUCGUCCCUCUGAAUAAUGCAUGAGAAGGUUUCAGAGUGAACUAUGACUGUGGCUACAUACUUCAAAGUGUGACCUCUGUGUUGUGUGAAACAUGAUUUUGGCGACUGUCUGUUCUCUGGUGUGUCUCAUCAGGCUCUGCUUUCACCGAAGGUGAACCUUGUUCGGCAAUCCAUCUGGCUGCAUUUUAUUUUUCACCAGGGAAUCGUUCACAUGUCUACAUAAUCACUGUCAGAUGGGGGUGUGGGCUAACCAAACAAACCCAGCCUCUUUUUAUUGAACAGGGUAAUUCCAUGUUUUAUUACUUGAAAAAAUUGAGAACGAUGACAUUGGAAGGAAGACCUUGAAGAUCACAGACUUUGGCCUGGCCAGAGAGUGGCACAACACCACCAAGAUGAGUGCUGCUGGCACGUACUCAUGGAUGGCCCCUGAAGUCAUCAAGUCCUCUCUCUUCUCCAAAGGCAGCGAUGUCUGGAGUUAUGGUGUUCUUUUAUGGGAGCUGCUGACAGGAGAGGUGCCUUACCGUGGGAUUGAUGGGCUGGCUGUGGCCUAUGGUGUGGCUGUCAACAAGUUAACCCUCCCUAUUCCAUCCACCUGCCCAGAACCCUUCUCCAAGCUCAUGGAAGAGUGCUGGGAGCAGGACCCUCACAUCCGGCCGUCGUUUGCCUCUAUCCUGGAGCAGCUGACAGCCAUAGAGGAAGCAGUGAUGGCCACCAUGCCCCAGGACUCCUUCCACUCCAUGCAGGAGAACUGGAGGGUGGAGAUCCAGGAGAUGUUUGAUGAGCUCAGAACAAAAGAGAAGGAGCUGCGUUCACGGGAGGAGGAGCUGACGCGUGCGGCGCUGCAGCAGAAGUCCCACGAGGAGCUGCUGAAGAGGAGGGAGCAGCAGCUGGCGGAGCGGGAGAUCAAUGUGUUGGAGAGGGAACUCAACAUCCUCAUCUUUCAGCUCAACAAGGACAAGCCCAACGUCAAGAAGAGGAAGGGCAAGUUCAAACGCAGCCGCCUCAAACUCAAGGACGGCAACCGCAUCAGCCUGCCCUCAGAUUUCCAGCACAAGAUCACGGUGCAGGCGUCACCCUCCAUGGACAGUAGGAGUCUGAACACCAGCCCCCCCAGCAGCCCCACACUCAUACCCCGCCUCCGGGCCAUCCAGUUGACUCUGGACGAGAGCAACAGGACAUGGGGACGAAGCACCAUCUACAAGCCGGAGGAGUUUGAUGACGUCAAGAAGGGGAUUAAGAAGAAGGGGCGAACGUGGGGACCGAGCUCCGUUCAGACCAAGGAGCGGGGAAACUGUGCUGAAAGAGUGAGGCCACUGUCUGAUGGAAACAACCCCUGGUCCACCAGUCUGGGGAAGUCCGUUCCGUUGGCUGCGUUGUUUGCAGAGCAGCAAGCCUGUCUCUGUCCUCGUCCUUCAUGUUCAGGGACCAGUAAAGAAGAGAUGUGCUCGCCAGAUGGAUCGGACAACACCAAACCAAAGCAACUGAAGUUCCCCAAUCAGGUGUACAUCGAUCUACCUCUGUGGAAAGAUGAGAAGCAGCAGGGGGACGAGGGGACGGCAGGAAGCUGCCCUGGGGAAAGCCUGGAGGACUCCAGUACCACCUCAGCCAGCUCCACCAGCACCACCCCCCAGCACACCCCCACCAACAGCCUGAAGAGGACCUCCGCUCGCCGCCGGACAGACACCGUACUCUACGGCUGUGCCUCUAUGCUGGCCUCGGUAGCAUUGGGCUAUGACCUGCGUAACGUGCUCAAUGCCCCACCGGCAGAUGACCCUGAGCCUCAGCCCAGUAUGGAGAAGAAAAAGAAAGAGGGUCUGUUCCAGCGCGCCACACGCUUCCCUGGUGGACGUUCUUCCCAUAAGGAGGAGGCAGCCUCCCAAGGCCCCAUCAACCUCAUCUCCAUGUCUUCCAUCUCAGAGUAUAACUCCACCAAGAGCCUCCUGCGGUCAGCCUCGGAGGGGCCAGAGCCCAGCCCUGUGAAGGAAGUGGCCCCUAUCAGCCUGUCGCACCCCACGCCACAGCCCAGAAGUGGCUCCCAGCCCCAGAUUCCAGAGGCGCCCGGCCGCAGGACUCUGGCCUCCCCCCCCCCCCAGUCUGCUGCCCCAGAGAAGACUCACAGUCAAAGCAUGGGCUCUCACCUCCGGAGGAAGAAGUCGGCCAUCGUUCAGGACACUAACGGUACAUCUGGCUCUCUCACAACUUCAUCGGGACUGUCUUCCACCAUAACCUCUCAGAAGAAGAAGUCUGACAGGGAGGACACCCCUAAGAGAGCAGCCCGUGGGGAGACUGUCACCUCCAGGUCCCGGCCUUUGUCCCUCCGGGGCAAACCCCACUCCUGGGGUCUCCUGAGGGGCCGCAACAAAAGCUACUCCCUGGGCCACUAUUCAGGAGAGAAGAGCGCCAGGAGCCUCAACAUCGUCCUCUCUUCCGCCGAGGUCAAGAUGGACUGCUCUCUGCUUGACAUGGACACGGAGGGGCAGAAACGUGACUGCACCGUGCCCCUCUGCCGAAUUCAGAGCGGCCCCAGUCGCUCCUCCGUCUUCGAACUAGAGAAAAAAUUAUUGUCAUAGCAGAAAUAAGCUGCCUUAUUACCAGGAUCCAAUCUCUAAGUAACGUUUAUGAGUUGGAUCAACAAGUCUUAUUUGACAUUCCAGGGCAUUCCACUGCCCUCCUGUGGUUUUUACCUGACUGUAGGCCACUGCUGCUGAACAGUUUAUUUAUUCUGUCAUAUUUUGAUAGGUAAUUUAAUAUUGGAAAAACGUGUUUCAAUAGCAUCAGGUUGAUUGAACAACGAAGGAACACAUUUAAUUUUUUGUUGUUGCAGAAAUGUUUACAUUUUUGUGCGCACAUACUGGUUAGGACCAUGGCAUCUUAAGUUACAAAAUGAUGCUUACGUUAAAAUGUUAAUUUGCUUUUGUCUGUGGAUCUUUUAUUCUCCGUUUUGAUUUAAUGCUGGUAAUUAUUUUGUAUUGUAUUGAUUUUGUUUUUAUAUUGACAGAUACAACAGUGUUUAUUUUAGGAUGAGUUCUGUCCAAUGUCUGAGAGGUAAUAUUGAAGUCAACAUGUGGCGCAACUGACAGAUUUACAAAUGUAGGAUCUUAACUUGAGCCAGUUUGCUACAGCAGGAAAAUAAUCCUGCAGCAGGACAGUUCUUCUGCAACAGGGUGAUCAAAUUAAGAUCCUACAUCUGUAACAGUGCAACAAACAACACUGGAAAACCUAGUCUCAACUAGAGGUCGACCGAUUAUGAUUUUUCAAUACCGAUACAGAUUAUUGGAGGACCAAAAAAGCCGAUACCGAUUAAUCGGCCGAUUGUUUUAUUUUAUUUGUAAUGAUGACAAUUACAACAAUACUGAAUGAACACUUAUUUUAACUUAAUAUAAUACAUCAUUAAAAUAAAUUUAGCCUCAAGUAAAUAAGGAAACAUGUUCAAUUUGGUUUAAAUAAUUUAAAAACAAAGUGUUGGAGAAGAAAGUAAAAGUGCAAUAUGUGCUAUGUAAGAAAGCUAACGUUUCAGUUCUUGCUCAGAACAUGAGAACAUAUGAAAGCUGGUGGUUCCUUUUAACAUGAGUCUUUAAUAUUCCCAGGUAAGACGUUUUAGGUUGUAGUUAUUAUAGGAAUUAUUUAACUAUUUCCCUCUAUACCAUUUGUAUUUCAUUAACCUUUGACUAGUUGAUGUUCUUAUAGGCACUUUAGUAUUGCCAGUGAAACAGUAUAGCUUCCGUCCCUCUAGUUAGCGCGCGCUAACAAGCUAGCCAUUUCACUUCGGUUACACCAGCCUCAUCUCGGGAGUUGAUAGGCUUGAAGUCAUAAACAGCGCAAUGCUUGAUGCACAACGAAGAGGUGCUGGCAAAACGCACGAAAGUGCUGUUUGAAUGAAUGUUUACGCGCCUGCUUCUGCCUACCACCGCUCAGUCAGAUGCUUGUAUGCUCAGUCUCAUCAACCAUGUGUAGUUAACUAGUGAUUAUGAUUGAUUGUUUUUUAUAAGAUAAGUUUAAUGCUAGCUAGCAAUUUACCUUGGUUUACUGCAUUCGUCUAACAGGCAGUCUCCUUGUGGAGUGCAACGAGAGAGAGGCAGGUCGUUAUUGCGUUGGACUAGUUAACUGUAAGGUUGCAAGAUUGAAUCCCCUGAGCUGACAAGGUGAAAAUCUGUCGUAACAACGCAGUUAUCCCACCAUUCCUAGGCCGUCAUUGAAAAUAAGAAUGUGUUCUUAACUGACUUGCCUAGUUAAAUAAAGGUAUACAUAUUUAUUUAUUUUUAUCGGCAAAUCGGGGCUCAAAAAUACCCGAUUGUUAUGAAAACCUGAAAUCGGCUCUAAUUAAUCGGCCAUUCCGAUUAAUCGGUCGACCUCUAGUCUCAACACUAAACCAGGCCUGGUCAGCUUCUACUUUACCACUAUACGACAAGCCUUACCAGCAGCUGGACCAGUACCAGUACUGUACAUAAAGACUAUUCUGCAUUAAUAGCUGCUAUGGUUUAUGUGGAAUAUGACCAUUUGGCUCGAAAUCAGUUCACAUGGGGGUUAGUCUACCUAGGUUCCUGUGAAAACACUAUUUUGAAGAACAAAGAGAUGGGAAUUAAAUAUAUUUCAAUACUUGUUUGAGUAACAGUUAAAUGCUGUAUUCCUUCCUUAGCAAUCGUUUUCAUAUUAACAUAAAAAGCUGACAGGAACUGUCUCUGAUGCCACUAAACUACACACAUUUUUAUCAUCUGAAUAUUCUGACCCCAUUUAAGUACCAUGCAAGUCAUUAGUACCGAGCAACAAGUAAAACUGUCCAUAAAUAUCCAAUGUAUUGUUGUUCGUCCCCGUUUACAAAGAAUACCGAAUGUUAAAUGUCUGUUUUUGUAGUUCUGUUUAAAUCGUGAGCACUUUCUCUUUAUUUAAAUCGACAGUCCUAACAGUACAUCCCAGACAGCUGUUGAAGUCAGUACAACUGGAAGAAUACCUUUUUUUAACACUGCCUUUGAGAUCAAAUCUCAUCACUGUCUAAGCUGGAGUCCUUGCUAUAUCCUGACAUGUUAAGCAUUCCAUUCAUUCGUUUUUUUGUUGCCUUAUCUUCCUUUUUAUUAGCAUUGUGUUAGCUCUGUGUGUGAGGAAACUGGUUCAAGUGAUUGAGACGACAACAUACAGUACAUACUGAUCAAACCUUUUUAUUAGCAUUGUGUUAGCUCUGUGUGUGAGGAAACUGGUUCAAGUGAUUGAGACGACAACAUACAGUACAUACUGAUCAAACCUUUUUAUUAGCAUUGUGUUAGCUCUGUGUGUGAGGAAACUGGUUCAAGUGAUUGAGACGACAACAUACAGUACAUACUGAUCACACCUUUUUAUUAGCAUUGUGUUAGCUCUGUGUGUGAGGAAACUGGUUCAAGUGAUUGAGACGACAACAUACAGUACAUACUGAUCAAACCUU